UUCACAACCAAUGACUAAAUGUACGUACCCAGGGAAGAAAUCUUGAGAUUUCAUUUGGUGCGCUUAAUCAUUUUUGUAUUAAGUAUGCAAGAUGAUAACCACCUUGAUACGCAUACAUAUAAUAACUAGCGAAGUCUCUCUUUACUCAUUCUCUCCUUCUAUAUAUCUCUAGAGUAUCUUCUGGCAAAGGAGGGUCUGCAAUUGAGUCGGUGAACUUUAUUUAUUUUAAUUUUAGAUUUAUUUUACAGUGAGAGUAGGCAUGGCCACACACAAUUCUCUUACGCUUUCCCCUUCUUCAAAAACGCACCCUAUUCUUUAUCUCUAUAUGCGUCGCUUUUGUUCUUAUUGAAUCUCUCCCUAUUCCAGAGAGCAGCCGAGUGAAAAAGAAUGUUCCAUUCCAAAAAACUUCCUACUACUAUGAAUUCAUCCUCUUCUUCGGCUUCUAUGUGUGUUCAAGGUGACUCUGGACUUGUUCUCACUACUGACCCUAAACCUCGGCUCCGAUGGACUGUGGAACUACACGAACGUUUCGUCGAUGCUGUUACUCAGUUAGGCGGACCAGACAAGGCUACUCCAAAAACCAUCAUGAGGGUUAUGGGUGUCAAAGGUCUUACUCUCUACCAUCUCAAGAGCCACCUUCAGAAAUUCAGGCUUGGUAAGCAACCGCAUAAGGACUUCAAUGAUCAUUCUCUUAAGGAUGUUGAUCAUCAUAUGAGAGGUUCAGCACUUGAUUUACAAAGAAAUGGUGCUUCAUCAUCGGGAAUAAUGUGCCGUGGCAUGAACGACAGGAAUAAUGUACACAUAAAUGAUGCUCUUAGGAUGCAAAUGGAGGUACAGAGAAGAUUGCAUGAACAAUUGGAGGUUCAAAGACAUCUUCAGCUAAGAAUUGAAGCUCAAGGAAAGUAUAUGCAAACUAUAUUAGAGAAAGCUUGCCAAACCCUUUCUGGUGAUAGUAGUUUGGCUUCAGGAUCAAGUUACAAAAGCCGUGCCGAUGUUAGUAGUAGUAAUAAUCAAGGUGGUAUAAUUUGUGAUAUGGGAGGUAGUUCCUUGAAAGACUUUGGUGGUUCUUCUCUUAAUAAUAAUUUUCCUUCUCUUCAAGAUCUUAAUAUUUAUGGCGGAGUAGAUAAUCAUCAUCGGCUUGAUAGUAUGGAACAACAAAACGAGAAAUCAUCUUCUUUCGAUGCAUUUUUCCAAUCGAAUAACAACAGUGAUAAUUUUCUAGGUAACAGGAAAAAACCUAGUACAUCAUCUUAUGGUAGUUCAAGUAAGAAUCAUUUAGUUUGGACUGAAGAUGACAUGAGACUACAAGAUUUAGGUUCAGCAGUUGGAUGUUUAGGUUCUCAAAAUGAUCACGAAGGUGAUGAAGAUUCUUUCAAGAUUAAUGAACAUAUUCAGAUCGGAUGUCUAUCAACAAUUGAUGGUGGAAACGAGAUGGAUUCUAUAGGAGAUGUUAAGCCAAUUAUCUCUGGUCAUCAUCAUCAUCAAAAUAAUGUUGGAGAAAGGAAAUAUGAUCCGACUUCAAUGUCAUCGAAACUCGAAAGACCAUCUCCUCGAAGGAUACAAUUUCAGGUGGAUAGGGUAAGUAACCCCAUGAUUAAGUCUCAAGGAAGAAGUGUUCCUUAUGGUGGAUGAAGAAGAAGAUAUAUAUCUAAUAUAAGCUUAAGCUUAAUCAAAUCACUAAUUACUACUUAUUACAAGCACAAGCACAUCCAUGUAACGUAGAGUCUCAUCAUUGAAGUAAGUUUUUGAGUUAUAUUUGCGAUAAUAUAAUAUCAAUAAGUGAUGUACUGUAUUUGGAAACAAAUAUAUAGUUAGUUAUAACUUGAUACAUCAUGUAUAUUUUACUCAAAAUUACUCAUUUCAUUUUGGUUA